UUCUGGAGCACAGCAAGAUGAGAGGGUGCCUACCACUUUCCUUCCCCUCUGAUGUGGAACUGCGCAGAGGGAGGUAAAGAGGCUUAUUUAAGGUCACAAAGCAUCCAGUGUCCCCAGGGGCUCAGUCUGAGCCCCCACCUCACAGGGAGCGGAACGGACAGAUCUCUUCUGGGAAGCCAGCCUCCCUCGAUGGGCAGCCGUCUCAGAACCCCCCCUUCUCUCCUGGGGAUCACACCCCACAGCCUGAUCAGUUUUCUGGUUGCAACCAGAACCACCACUUCUGUCUACGUCAAGCACAAGACGCUCACUGGUGGGGUACUGAAUGGGGGGAGGGCCACAGAACUGACUGAGGGAGGACUCAGAAGGCCACCAGGAGCUCCGGAAUUCCGGAGGGUCAAGGAGCAGGAAGCAGCAUGGCUCUCUCUUUGCAUGAAAAGUCAGGCCAGGAUUCCAGCACUUGGACAACAAUACAAUGACUGUGAACAGAUUCUAAGUACCACUUCCUGUCAACGAGUCCAGGAUCCACGUGGGAGCAUCCAGCAGGUCCCGCUGAAGUCUGGUGCCCAAGUUCAGACCGCACUGGGGCAGAGGGGGAGAGUUACCUGUGGUCCAGCCUUGGUCGGGGUCAGCUGUGCACUGCAUCCCCCUAACACAGCACCUGAGGGAUUCUGCCAAGACACAAGGGGCAACAGCCCAAAGCCUCAACGGUCACCCUCUGCGUCCCGUCCGUCCUCACCGCCAGUGUGUCUCCACCCUCGAGUCCCACCCGUGUGCCGUCCCGCUGUUCUGAAGUCUGCUUACUACGUGGUGAUCAGCUGCCAACAAGCUGUGUACACAACAGCGUGGGAGAGAAGAGGGAGGGGUGGAAACGAGAACCACUCAAGAAACCUGGGAUGGCCAGCUGGCAACUUCUGUUUCCCAACUGGAGAAACCAUCGAUUUGGCCGCAGACAAAAUCCUUAAGCCACGGGCGUUCAGAGGUUCGGGAACAGGAAGCAGCAGUGCAAGCAAAAACAGGCCACGUGACUGGCUCUGGGGGGCGAUGUGAGGUGUCGCCGCCAGGCUCAGCCCCGGUCACUCCAUCGCUGCCCAUCGCUGACCUCGGUACUGGCGCCGAGGCGGCCCGCGGAUGUAACGGAAGGCCCUGACCAGCUGGCCUGAACUCGGAACAAUCACCCCGAUGCCCUGGGUGGGCCUGACGAAGGCCUUCAAAGCAGAGCGGAGGUUUCCCUGUCCCGAGGACGGCCGCUCUGGUCCUCACCACGCAGCUCUGCCUGCUCUGAGCCUCCUCCUGUGACUGGUUUCUUGGGAGGGCUCAGUACCUCCUCCCUUUUAGGGCCAAACUGAUAGACCACAUGUUGCUCAUCUGCUCGUCGGCUGAUGGGCAUCUGGGCCACCUCCCCUUUUUGGCCAUUACGAAUAAUGCGGCUGUGAAUGCCUGUGGGCCAGCUUCUGUGCGACGUCUCUUUAGCUCUCACAGGUGAUGUCCAGGAGCUGAACUGCUGAGCUAACUUCUCGAGGUCCUGCCAAACCCCUUCUCAAAGCAGCCGCAUCAUGUUACAGCCCCGCCAGGAACGUGUGAGCGUUCCCGCGUCUCCCCAUCUUCAUUAUCUCUAGGGCCGGGGCCCUGCGUCCAGCUCAAAAGGAAACUUCCCUUUUCCUCCUGACAACCUCCUAUCAAUUUUCCUUUGGCAUCAUUUCCAAGUUCCAGAGGCCACAGGAGCACAGCUCCCUCUGCGAAGGGGGCUCCCGCAGUGAACGCGGAGGAGCCGGCCGGUCCUCUCCAGAUGCCCCAGCCGUCCAGGGAGAGGACGUCCCCACCGGCCUCCACGCCCCGCAGUCCAUCCAGCGUUCCUUGUCUGCCUGCUGGUCCCCCACAAGAUCAGAUUCAUGGGUCGUACCUGGGAAGACCGUGGCCUGGCUGUAAGCAGCCCAAAACUUCUGCAAGCCACGUGUGUGAUAUUUUAGGAUCACACACUGGCCCCAAAGGGAUGCGACCCCCACAGCCUGCAGUGAAGCCCGUCUCACUGGCCCCACGGUUUCCCCUCAAAUCACCGCCUUGGUUCUAGUCAAAGAAUUUUCCUACAGCAUUAACUCUCCUGACCUGAAUUUCCUUCCCUCGUGUUCUUCUUUUCACUCAAUCUCAUUUUAAUUCGGGUGUCUCUUCAUUCUACUUAAAUUAAAACAUUUACAAGGUA